CCCCUCAAGGCGUGGCUCUUUAGAAACAUCCCGGAAUAUCACUCAUACAAGCAUGAGAUGAGUGGUGAUUUGCAUAUUGUGGACACUGUAAUGUAUCAAUUUAACUUGACGCCAAACCUCACUCCUGAUCAAUUGGUUGGAAGAUUAACUCCAUAUCUGUUUGGAGUUAGUCGCAAUUUUGUACUCUCAUUAUGGAAGUUCCUUUCUAUAUUGAAAGUUCAACAGGAACAUAACAUUGCUGAUAAAACAGUAGAAGAUUUAUUACCACUUCAAACUGAAGAUGGCAAGCCUGUGACAAGCCUAGUCUCACAAAUUAAAAUGCUAGCCAGUGAAGUCUCUACUCCUCCAUCCCUCCCUCUACCAAUGAGCUCUGUCCUAUCUUCAUCAGAAGAGAAACGUGUCUUGUACGAUUAUGUUGUCGAGUUGGGGAAGGAACUCGUGGGAGACUCUAAAGAUUAUCUUCAGGACUCUGAUUUAUUUCGUGACGAUGCUAAAAUUCUUUUAGGUACAUGUACAUGUGCACUACUCAUUGAUGUAGCUACCAAUUAAUUUCCGUUAUGUACACUUGUUAUACAUGUACAUGUA